CUCCCAGGACGGUCUGAGAAAUCUGGACUUUCUGCAGCAUGUUAUUGGAUCAUUUGCUGCCAGGGAUUCAACUAGAAGCCUUGGUUCCGUUCCAAAAUGGUGCUUCUGGUCCAUGCCAGGAAAACGAACCCAAUGCGUUGGUUGCAGCGGGUGAAAAGUUUGUGGCGGCCGAUGCCAGCAAGACUAUGUGGCUUGGUCAGCGCUGGCCAUAAAAACAGAUACGCUUCAUUGCACCCCUUAUGGCAGAGCCCCAUCACUAUCCCGGGAGGCAGCCGCCAGUCACCCAUCAACAUCCAAUGGAGAGACAGCCUUUUCGACCCUCGCCUUAAACCCUUGGAGAUACGCUACGACCCGGCCACGUGUCUCCACAUGUGGAACAAUGGCUACUCCUUCCUGGUCGAGUUUGAGGACACCAGCGACAAGUCAAUUAUUACCGGAGGCCCCUUGGAAAACAACUACCGGCUGAAGCAGUUCCACUUUCAUUGGGGGGCCAUCAACGAAUGGGGCUCCGAGCACACCGUUGACUGCAAGGUCUUCCCAGCAGAGCUGCAUUUAGUCCACUGGAAUUCUUGCAAAUAUGAAAGCUUUGAGGAAGCUUUAAUGGAGGAAAAUGGCUUGGCCGUCAUUGGAGUCUUUCUGAAGCUUGGAGCCAAUCACAGCGGAUUGCAGAAGUUAGUCGAUGCCUUGCCCUCCAUUAAGCACAAGGAUGACCUGGUGGAGUUUGAAGAGUUUGACCCGUCCUGCCUCUUGCCGUCCUGCACGGAUUACUGGACGUAUUCGGGGUCCUUGACCACCCCGCCGCUCUCUGAGUCCGUCACCUGGAUCAUCAAGAAGAAGGCCAUCGAAGUCGACGAGGACCAGCUGGAGAUGUUCCGGAUGCUGCUCUUCUCACCGGCCGGAGAGGAAGAGCAGCGGAUGGUGGACAACUUCCGCCCACUCCAGCCCAUCAUGGGCCGCACAGUCCGGGCCUCCUUCCCCACGCAGCACCGCCUGAGCGUCCUGCCAAGGGACCCCAUGGAGCAAGAGCCGGAGCCACAUCAGGAGACGGCGCACCUUUAAAGCCUGGGAGAAGAGAGGAGGCAACAAACAAU